AUGCCGUCUGCCAGAGCCAUACUGAAUCCAAAAGCUGUAAUCAGCGAAAUCAUAGGCGUUGCCGGCGCGGGAUUUCGAACAUCGCUCAUUCUCAACGCCGUCUCGUGCGAAGUCGAAGGAGAAGGACUCGAAGUACACAACAUCUCCAAAACAGUCACACUAUUCUCGUUAGCACUGAAGAAUGUUGGAAUAUCGCUACAAUCCCUGGACUCGGUCCACAGCACCGAAGCGCUCGAGGGAAUCAACAAAAUCUCCGAGGAUGCCAUGGACAUAUUCGACCAGUUCAACGACAUGCUCGACAAAGUCCGCGCAAAGCCAGCAGAGGGUACUCCUCAAUACACAGUACAACAACGCUUCCAAUGGGCUUUCAAACGACAUCGCGUGCAAUACAUGCUCGCUCAGCUCGACUCCUUCAAAAUGGACGUCUCGCUCUUCCAGGGCAUUCUCAGCUUAGGCAAACUCAUGGCCUCCACCAGCCGCCACGACUCGCCAGAUGAAGUUGAGCUGAAGAAGGAAUUGAUACGGCAAGAACGUGCUGAGGCUCAGAACGUUCUCAUCGUUCGCUAUUGGCAGCGCAGCAAAAUGGACAAAUUAUGGGAAGCCUCCUGCCUCGAGGAUGACGACCACAAAAUCGCUGCAAUUGAAGCCAAAGAAGGCAACGAUCUGGCGCUUGUCAGCAGCAACCAAGUCCAGCAAACCGACGGCCCUCAACGCCUGGCCAUCGAAACGGCCCCUCCAGGGUACGAAUCAUCCUUGGCCCUUGUCAAACUCCCGGCGUAUUCCCUCGGCGACCUUGACGACAAGCUCAGUGAUAUCAAGAAAUCAUCCAAAGACAUGGUACAAGUCUCCUCGGACGUCAUUGACCCUUUACUCGAGCGCUGGACGCGGUGGUACGAUAUUCGCGAGAAGCGGCACGCCAAAGAAGCCAAGAACCGCUACGUCCCGACAGUCGACAACCUCCAAGAAGACGACGACAAUGACGACGGAAUGCACCCUUACCGCCGCUACAACAGUAGAACGCAAGAAUACGAGCCCAACGACCAGCAACGAAAAGGUCCUUUAUACCUCGAAGGCAACACCACGGACUGGCGUCAACCACAAUCGGCGGCCGCACAACGAGAAUAUUCUCGACGAAAGAACGAGUACAGACGCUACCAGCCCUCGAUCUCGCAAGAUAAUAGUGACGACGGCGAUACACUUUCUAAUGGCUCUCGCGGGCAGAAGAAGGCGCCAAGACGGCACAUCAUCGACUCGGCAUCAGAAUCAGACGACUCAGACCACGAUCCACAUCCACCGCAAGGCUAUCCACGAACACGCCCUCGGAAAGGCAGUAACAGUCCGACGCAAGAACGAAGCUUCCCUGCGUUAUACCCCGGACAGCACAACCCUCACGCUUCGCCUCGUCCGCCGCCAGGCGCGCCAGUGCAAGGCGGUCAACGGCCAUAUCCGCAGCACGCGUAUUCCGCACCGGGUCUGAGUCCGUACCCGCCGAUCAACGUCGCAAACGCCCAUAAUCCGUACGCACCCUCUCCACACUCACAGCCAGGCCACCCCUUGCAGCACUACAAUACCGGGCCGGCCUCCUCAUCGGCCCAACCACAAUCGAGCUACCCCGGACUCAGCACCGCUCACGCACGGUAUACGCCCGCCGGCGCCGUACAACCCCAGCCCCAACCACAGAACGGAAGCGCAAAUGCAAACAGGAACAUCCAAAUCCCCUACCAAGACUCCUCGCGGCGCCCCGUCUCCCGCGACGGCUCCACCUCCGCCCGAUCCUCCUACUCCAGCAAAUACCCACCACCCGAACGCCAACAAUCACAACCCGGUAGCCUUCCUGCCCCGAAGCUAGACCGCGAUGGAAGGCAGGUGCACUACGACCCCACAGGCCGGCCUUUUGUCUUUGACCAACAAGGGAACAGAGUCCUAGCGAAUCUGCUGGGCACGCAUGCCAGGCCGGAAAGGCAGGGAAAGGGUGCGAAGGGCAAACUCGCAGAAGGUGCGACGAAGGGACUGUUGGGGGCUGGUGCUAUUGCUGGGUUUUUGGAGGCGCUGGAGGGGCUGAGCAUCUAA